GUAAUCGAGUUAGCAGCUGACGAAAUCACACAGAAGAAGAAUACCUACGCAGGACACCGGUGAACUCAAAACCAGGUGUUCUACGAUGUUCUACAAUAAAGCUCCUUCUUUAUAUUCGCAGUUUUAUCUCUUUGUGAACAAAAAGCUGAACAUGACGGCAGCACAGAGAACCCGGAACCUUUAUUACCAGGUAACGUCAGCAAGCUCAGUGUACGGAAGCUGUUGUGAUGCUGUUAUGUAGCUAACCCCCAACUGAUCGUGGAGAGCACACUUUUAAACUACUCAGAAUAAACGAUUUACCCUGAAAUAAUCAUAUUUUAUGAAACAUUUCAGCUGAGGAGUUUGUCACAUCUUAGAGGGAUUCCUCUGUGCACCAAAAACAGCCUGCAUCCCACCGUUCAACCUUCAAUCGCAGUAAGUUCCACCAGACUCCAUUCAAAAAUCUGUCAAUUUAAUGAUUUCUUUCUGAAGGGAUAGACCGUAAUGAAGGAAACGUUUAUGAAGCAGUACACUGGUGUUUUGGGGGCUUUGCACUAAAUUCGGCCUAUAUAUAAUUACCUCAAUAACGAAUGAGCUGGACUGCCAUAUAUGGAUUAAAAACAGAAUUUUAUAGUUUGUAAAUCAUUAACCCCAAUAUUUGAUAGAAAAUAUUGAAAAUGAAAUGUUUCUCUCUUCAGUGUUUAAAUAGCAAAGCAGUGGUUGUUUGUUGGAAGAGAAACAUCCACCUGACAGCUCUGAGGCCGGACAACUCAACACCUGUGCAGAUGAGGUAACUCACAGUUAUACUUUUUAUCCCUCUAGUGUCCCUCUCAACCUGAGUUUAUUAGUAUUGUUAUUUUUUUUUUUUGUGGUUUUCAUGUGUAACUUUAUUUAUCAGGGAGCUGUCAGAGGCAGCGUAUGAGAAGCUGGCAGAUGAGACGUUGGACUCUUUGGCAGAUUUUUUUGAGGACCUGACAGAUGAAGGUUUCACUGAAGCAGACUACGACGUCAUCUUCGCUGUAAGUUUACCUCUGCACUGUCACUGUCUCUAUAUAUAGUUAAGACUAUUUCAUAUGCAAAAACAACUAUUGUUGAGUCAUGUUAGACCAUAAAUAAUGAUCAUUAUUGUUGUGAGUAAAUGCUCAGGCGUGAUGGUUCAAGAGUAGACUAGUUUCCAUCAAUUGUGCAGGUUUAGCUGCCUAAUAAAACUGAACUAAUUAUCCUCCAGUAAUUUGACCUGCGUGUUUGUUGCUGUGCUGUGGUUUUGACACAUUGUACAAAUGUGUAUAACUGCAGACUUAGUCCAUCAUCUUGUCCCUCCUGCUGUAUUGACUGUCACGCCCCCCUGCCUCUACACUAGCCCUGCUGUUCAUGCCUAUACAGCUUCUUAAAGUAAAUUAAUAUUUCUAUCUUGUUUCAUAAACGUCAAACUGAACUGAAUCUCUAAUGACAGAUGAGCGUUAUUAAGUGUUGUUAGACAAUGAUGCUAUUUUAGAGAGUGUUGUUUUCCAACAGAUUGACAUAUGACCACAGGCUGAACUGUACGUGUGUGUUUGUGUGUGUGUGUGUGUGUGUGCGUCAGCCUGUCUGUAUUGAUGUGUCACUCUGAGGUCUGAUAGCAGCUGCUGUGAUGCUGAAGCUGUCUACCUCACUGAACACCUGACAAAUAAACUCAGACUGGAGGAGCUCUUGUUUCACAUGUUUCCAUGUUUUGUUUAUACUAUUGUAGGCAGCGUUUGCAUGUAAGGAGGAAAAAGUGUCCUGCACCCACGUGAAUGUGUAUGUGAGUGUGUGUGUUUGUGCUUGUCCUUCCUUGACUCCACAGAUCCAUGUCACUGUUUCAAGACCUUCUGUCCUUCUCUCCCCUCCUGCAACAUCUUCUUCCUCCCUGUCAGUGUUUCAUGAGAAGGUGAUUAAUAGAGCUGUGUGUAGGUGUUUAUGUUUGUGUGUGUGUGUGCUAGUGUGUGUCCAUAUGUGUGUGUGUGUGUGUUUUUUAAUCAUUGUGGUUAGACAGCAACUGUCUCUGCUGCCUCUGACUGAUUGGCCAGUGUUCCAAUCUUGGCAGCUGACCCCCUUUUUCAACUGUCUGCGGUGACAUAUGGGGCUAUAAACAACACACACACACACACACACACACACACACACACACACACACACACACACGCACACACACACACAGACAGACAGCAGUGACCGGGCUGGCUAAAUAAAAUCCAGUCCUUCACACUGCAGAGUGUCAGAGAGUAAAUCUUUAUGCAAUAAUCCAGCUGCAGGUUUCUUCUCCUCACUUCCUUUCCGCUGUUCAUUGUUUUCAAACCUAAAGAACGACCCUCUGUACUCAGGACAGAUGAAUGAGAUCUCUACUACUGAGGAGCUUCAGAGGAAUUUAAAUUUUUCUGGGAUGUGACGAUGAACCAAAAUCGCUAUUUGAUUUACAAUCCUUGGUGUAUGACACAUGCUGUCUGAAUUGUCCUAAUGGUGCAAGAGUAACCCAGGUUAUAAUGAGGCUUUGACGAAGAGGUGGCCUUAAACAGUGUUAAUGAUGAAGAUCUCAUGCCAAAAUAUCAUAUAAUGACACAUAAGGAUGCAAGCCUGCUGGUUUAAUGUGUUUAUGUAGGCAAAAAUAUUUAUCAACAGGAAAAAAACAGGAAAAGUAUGUUUUUAAAAAUAUCAAUGCAGAUUCAGCCUCAAACCAUGUGCUGUAUCUCACCUAACUUUUUCAUUGAUGCAAUGUCAAGUAUCGACAAAGAAGGCAUGUGCUGCUAAGUCAUUCAUGUUUGUACAGCAUGAGAGAGAAAAACAAUGCUUUUCCCUCAACAUGUCCUUUACCAGUGACACAACACAGUAAUAAUUCAUGAUAAGAGUAUGAGUUUCCCUGUCUAAGCAAGAUAUUAUCAGACGAUCGCUACGGCCAAGUUAUGGUCUGUUUUUAUCUGUAUAUGAUUUGUAACAUCACAUGUCACUAGAGUGUCAAUGUUAGAACCACCUGGGUCUUGAAUAACAUGACAUCUCUGUUAUAAAAUGUGACUUUAUAAUGACGAGAGAAUAAAUAUAGAGUUGCAGUUGUUCAAGAGUUUAAUGUGUGAAAGAAAUAGAAAUGAUGUAGAAAUAUUUUAGGAUGUCAAAACUUUAUUUCAGCAUACGUGUGUUUUUCCAUCAGUUUUUAUUCUCUUUAAUACCAGGUCUGUUGUACAGCUUGUGUACCGCUGUUUUUGUUUGUUGUGUCUCUUCUGCACUAUUAAAUGUUGAUGUGUGUUUAUCAUACACACAAACACACAAACUCAGCCGGACGUGUGUGUGUUCAGAGGGCCUCAGCUGGUCAGUUCAGACUUCAGACACUCGUGACGUGACACUGUCUGGCCUGAUGUCCCCCGGAUCUUCUGCGUGACAGAGCAGAAACACACACACAAACACACAAACUUCCUGCGUGUUUGUGUGGGGUCAUGAAGUGGUCAGUGUGGAGAUAUUGAUAAUAUGACAUUUGUAUCUUCCUCUUCCAUUAAAAUGUUAAAUUUCUGUAUUUCUAUGUUUCCAUGCAGAGCGGUGUGCUGACAGUGAAGGUGGGCGGAGGCCACGGCACUUACGUCAUCAACAAACAGACUCCAAACAAACAGAUCUGGCUCUCUUCACCCACCAGGUGAGGCUGUAGAGUCACGGCACACCUGACUGGAAGCAAAUGUCUGUGCUCACAAUCCUGAAACAAACUGCACCAUCACAGAGUGCCUAAACACACCAGUCUCAGAUCCUCAUUUGAGAUUCAAACUUCACUGCUCAAAUAGAUGCAAUAUUAAUGAUUAUAUAAAGAUGUGCGCACAAACAUUAAGCUUUCAAUCAGAGUUUCCUGUUGAUCCAAUCUGUUACAAAUAGAAGAAGCUGUUCUUAUCAACUCUUACUGACAAUAAUCUGUUUCUAUCUAUUGUUUUCCCGUCACCUCUCACCAAGCGCUCAGAUCUCUUUCUCCUCUUCUCUUCAGUCUUGGUUUUUGCACGUCUGUGUUUUAUAUAUUUAAUUUUUUCUCAAAGAAGACUGUCACGUUCGGUACUGAAAACAUUACCUUUUGCAAAUCCAGUGCCUACUGAAGAGGACUGUGUGCUGCCUGACAGAAAACUCACAUGAUUGUGUUAAUUGGCUUUUUAAAUACUGUGAACAAACAUAGUGGUGUGAUCCAGGUUGGCCGGGCCACCUUUUUAACAGCUAUUCCCCCUCACUAUACAAUCAAGAAUGAAGCGUUAUGAAAACAGUGGUAUUGUGUUGUGUUGGAAACUGUCAUAUAAAGAAGUCCAGGACAAAUCCUGCUUACAUCAGUGAAGACUAAAACAUGUUAAGAAAGAGCCUUUAUUCUUUCUCCAGCAGAAAAGCUGAGACUCCCAUCUUUGAGGUAAUCGUGUUGGGCAGGAUGGCAACGUUGUGACUGCUGGAGAUUGAUUUUUUUGCUUAAUCCUAAAACGGAUGUAAAAUAUGAACCAUAAUUCCUCAAGCAUUACUUACAUAACCUUUAGCUUCUGCAAAUUAUAAAGGGAUAAAGAGCACCAAAAACACACCAAGAAAUGACAUAAGAAUAAGCAGUAAUAUCAGGAGAGAUGGGCGUGUGAUGCUCUGAAGCUUGUGUUACUCGGGUGAACCGCACAGCUCUGUCAAAGAUGAAAUGUCUCGUGACUGAAGCUUCAAACAUCACCAGUGGUUCAAAAACUCUUGUGUCAGCUUGACACUCUUUUAUUUUAGCUGUGAUUGAUAAAAGAUAGAAAGAAAGUAGGCUCCUCAUUGAACUACCAUUCAUGUGAACAAAAUAUAAAUACAACAGCUUUGUGAAAAUGCAUGGAUUAUAAUUUAUUCGCACCCAGUUUGCACUAAAGCAUAUCAACGAAUGAGUAGGCCUAUACAAUAUUAAUCAAUCUAAGCAAGGGAUGGAUGUACAGAGAUGGAUAUAUGGUAGUUUUGGGGGUCACAGACUUUUAUGUCUCUAAAACCUUGAAUAGAAGUGUAUAGGUGCUUUAGACUGUCAUGAAGAGUGCUGUCAUUAGUUAUACAAGCCACCAGAUGUCACUGUGUUUGUUAAGUCUGAAGUUUUCAAGCUUCCCAGUUUAUAGUUGUUUCUGUUCCCUUUUUUGAUUUCUGGUUGUUUGCUGUUCUUAACCUAGAUUUUCUCAAAACAAGGUGUUUUUAUGAUAAAUGUCCUGAAUGUUAUUUAAUAAAAUAACCAAACUCCCUUUCUUUCCCCCCUUCAGUGGACCAAAGCGUUAUGAUUGGACGGGUGAGCGCUGGGUUUACUCUCAUGAUGGUGUGAGCCUCCAUCAGCUGCUCUCUAAGGAGUUUUCUCUCAUCUUUAAGAGACACAUGGACCUCUCUGGGCUGCUCUACUCCUGAGACAAAACACCUGCUGAUCACUUUCAAACCCACCCCCCAAAAAAAACAUCACUGUGACACAUGAGACCACUGCUCAGGAAGUAUAAACACAGAGAGUGUGUAACUUCUCACCAUCCAUCAGUAGUGCAGUUAUUUAUGAUGACAGAGAUCUGUAUAUGAGAGCCAUUUAUGUUUUCUUUAUAUUCCUAAUAAUGUAUAUUUUUAUUUUAAGACAACAAAGACACUUUUUCCUUUAAUGUUUUAAUAAAACCAAAGAAGUUCAGUCUUCAUGCCAGAUAUCUUUUUUUUCCACAUGGAUCAGUUUGCCUACCUGCUUUUCCUCUGAAAAUUAACUUUCUGUAAAUGUCAAAUCAAAUAAACUAAAAGUCGAGUUGCUGCAUAAAGAUGUAAUUCUGAUGGAGACUGAAGGGGUCCCCAACUUUUAGACCAAAUAGACCAGACAGCAACAGUCAUAUUUCUGACUGACCAGUGUGAUGUGGAGAUUAUUAAACAUCUUGCGGCCAUCUUUUUCCAAUAUAAUGCAAAGUUACAUAAAGCACAGUAAAAGCAAAAUGCAACCAGAACACUGUUUUUAAGAUAAGAAGAACUUAAUUUAUCCCCGAGGGGACAAAACAACAAAAACAUCCGCUCUCUUGUGCUAACUUGGGUUUCACUAUCAACCUAAGACCCAGUAAUGAUCUAGCGCCCAGUGGUUGGGGACCCCUGCUCUAGCAGUUUAAACACCAGAAACGGACAGGAUUUUUUCAGUGUUAAUUAAGAGUUACAGUGUUUAUUUCAGCAUUGAUCACACUGGUAUUUUCACAAUAAAGUUCAAACCACAAAUAUGAA